AGCCUGGGCAAUGAGACCCUGUCUCAAAAACAAAAAAUUGGCAACAAAAAAACAGGUCAUGGUCAGGAUUUGAACCAAGAGUUGAGUUCCCUGACCCCUGUCAUAAUCAUUCAAAUGUUUCACUUCAACUACAAAGUAGUCAGUGCCUAGCAUAUGUAAGAAUUGAAGUUAUAUGUAAAGUUAUAAGUGAAGCAUUGAAGUUCAGAAUCAUUUACAGGAUUGAAGCCAUCUUCUGACACCACAGACCCAGUCUGCCUAUAUGUGUAUUUAGGUUAUACUGGAAUCUCUAAUAUAUAUAUCUUGCACAGGGGCUGCUGCUUACCUUCUAGGCUUCAUCGUGUGACACUUACCUAUUGUUGGGAAACCGGUGUGAGAAGGGAUUGGUUGAGCGAGCAUAGGCAGAGCCAUCCUUACUUGAAUCACUUGAAUCUACACAUUCUUAAAAUAAGGUUCUUUCUAUGUGUGAAGCAACUAAAAUUGAUAAAUCACCCAACUCCCCUGCCUAGCUCAUUUGAUGUUAACUGGCUCCAUAGCUAUACUGUCUAACAUGAUGCCAUUAGCCACAAGUGGCUAAACUUAUAUUUAAAUUAGUUAAACUUAAAUACUGUUUAAAAUUUAGUCCCUCAGUCACCUUUCAAGUGACAUACAUGAUUAGUGGCUACUGCGUUGGAUAGCACAGAUGUAGACCUUUUCCAUCGACGCAGACAGCUCUCUUGACAGUGCUUCUCUGGAAUUAUUAAGCCAUGAAUCUUGGACAGCUCUAACUUUGGAGUAUUUAAUUUAAAAUCACUAACUUUUAACUUCUGUUUUCCUUGUAUUCAUUUAGCCAAAACUCAUUUUAUAUAAUAAAUAAAUAUAAUAUAUGUUUUGGUUUUAGGAAAAAACAAAAAUGAGUUUCAUGGUAUCCAGAAAGUGACUGAUUGAGAACUAUUGAACUUCCAUAUUCAUUGGAAGCUUUAUCAUGGGAAGUUAAAAUAUUGCCUUAUAUGAAGAUUUUAUUAAAAUGGUAUAAACAGCAGAAAUUACAUUUAUUAAGUUAUAUGUGCUGGGUACUGAGUGCUUUAUAGUUGAAGCUCAGGAAAGGUAAGUAAAUUCCAAAUAAAUGUGGCUGGUACUGGUGUUUGAACCCAAACCUGUGUGAUGGCUCCAGAACCUUUGUUUUCCCGUUACACUGUGCUGCUUCAAAUUUGCUGAAGACUGCGGUAAUUAUUUUACACGUCUUAUCUUAGGAAGCUGUAACUCCCUAAAGAUGUUUUACUCAUACGCCAUGUUCAUGUAAAUAAGACAAGUCAUCAAUUUUCCUUAAAAUUAGAAAUAUUUAAUACAGGCUUUUUUUCCUUAAGAAAUAUGUGGAAGAAGAGGAAAAUUGUCAGUGAUCCUAUUAUAAGUUGGUAGACCAAUAUUAAUACGAUUUCAAUUACUUAGGAACACUGAGAUUUUAUUUAUAAAAUUAUUAUGAUAUUAAUAUAAUUUUUAUAUUGAAAAUUGUUCCUCCCUAAUGUUGAUGUAAUAAAUUUUUAUAUUGAAAAUUGUCCAUUUGCUGACUGCUAAGAAUUACAGGUUUGUUUGAAGGUUAUUUUUGCAAGACAGUGCAAUAGAUUCUGAUGUGUUUUGUUAAUUUACAAGGCCCUUUUUUCAAUUUAUACCUUCAAAGUUACAUUUAAGGUAACAGAACAAGUUGGUAACAAUUAGGAAUAUUCACACAAUCUUUGUUUUGCACAUGCAAAUAAGGUUGUCUUGUGAAGGUGGUCAAUUAAAGAAAUUGUCAAAUACGAUUCCCUUAACUAGAUUAUUGAACGGAAACAGUUCCCCUCUUUGUAGCAGCAGGGCAUAGGGCAUUAUGUCCAUCUCUUUCCGAGAAUCCCAUUUGUUAAUUAUGAAGGUCUGUAUUUAGGCCAGAAUCUAGAAUUCCAUUUGCUGGCUCUACAAUGGACUUGCAGUAUUUUCAUUAGAGUUUGACACCAUGGUACCUCUCUCUGUUUGCAGGAGGCAGAUGCUGAGCCCUUACUGUGACACGCUCAGAAGUAAUCCACUGCAGUUAACUUGCAGACAGGACCAGAGAGCAGUUGCAGUGUGUAAUUUGCAGAAGUUUCCUAAACCUUUACCACAGGAAUACCAGUACUUUGACGAACUCACUGGAAUACCUGCAGAAGAUUUGCCAUAUUAUGGUGGAUCAGUGGAAAUUGCUGACUAUUGCCCUUUCAGUCAGGAAUUCAGUUGGCAUUUAAGUGGUGAAUAUCAGCGCAACUCAGACUGUAGAAUAUUGGAAAAUCAACCAGAAAUUUUUAAGAACUAUGGUGCUGAAAAGUAUGGACCUCAUUCAGUUUGUCUAAUUCAGAAAUCAGCAUUUGUUAUGGAAAAGUGUGAGAGGAAGCUGAGCUACCCUGACUGGGGCAGUGGAUGUUAUCAGGUAAGCUCAUAUGUUUGUUAUUAGUUAUACCAAAUAUUACAUAAUUAUAUCUUUUAUGGUUUUACAUUUUAAAUUAUAUUUUACAUAUUUUUAUGUCAUUAAUUUACUGAUCAAUAUUUAUCUUGUUUAUGUAAAUAUUAGUUUGGAUGUUCAUGUUUUAUGAAAGUAUUGUCAUUUUUUUGAGAAAAAUUGCCUCUAUUUAAAAAAUAUAAAUAUAUAAUUGCUAUAAUGUUCUAGGCAUAUAUUCUGAAGAAAUAAUGGUAAAUAUGUAAUUUUGUUCUUAAGCAAAUAUUACUUUGUAAUGGAAAAAAUGUACAAUUUUAUUUUAAAAUGUCUGAGGACCGCAUGGGUUAUAGGAAUUUGUAAAUCAGGCUGGACAUGGCGACUCACGUCUGUAAUCCCAGCACUUUGGGAGGCCAAGGCAGGAGGAUCACUUGAGCCCUGUAGUUCAAGACCAUCCUAGGCAACUAAGCGAGACCUUGUCUGUGAAAAAAAUAAAGAAAAAAGGAUUAAGAAAUCAGUUGCUGAUUAAUAAUAGGGUUUUUAUUCCCUUUGUAAUUAGAAAUCCAAAAAGGGCAAACUACAAUUUUUUUUUUUUUUUUUGAGACAGGGUCUUGCUCUGUCACCUAGGCUGGAGUGCUGGUCCAGUCACGGCUCAUUGUAGUCUCUGUCUCCUGGGCUCAAGUGACCUUCCCCCGUCAGCCUCCUGAGUAGCUGGGGCUACAGGUGU